ACCGAGGAGGAAGUGGCGCGCGAUUGUUUAAAAACUGUCAAACGACCAGCUUUAGGGGAAAUGUGAAUGCUAACGAAGUGGAAACAGAUUUGACACGCUGCUCUUUUCCCACAUUUUCGUGGAAGAUGUCGUUUGUGAGAGUGGGUCGAACACAACAGCAGCAACACAGCAGAGGGAAAAGGCCUGUUCGCCUCAGGAAGACGACAGCAGCUCCUAAAAAAGACUGGGUGAGCACUGUCAAUGACCUGUCAGUGCACAAGCUGUCACCUGCAGAGCUGAGUCAUCGGCAUGAGAUUCAUAAGUCCCACAACAGGGCUGCAGCUCAAUGGGAGCUGAAAGAGAAAGCUCUGAAAAGCCGUUUCAAACAUGCUGGGAGUCCUGCACCUCUGGACCAGGCCAGUCUUAGCAUCAUCAGGGAGGUGUUUUCUGACCAGCUGCUGCUGCAGGAUGUGCUGGCUCGCUCUGACAGAGCCAUGGCUGUGGUCAAGGACCUGUUUGGAGAUGCUCCUCGCAGGCAGACUGGGCAUCCCAGUGUGACCAUGGCUCCAAACUGUGACUCUGACUCAGAACUGCCUGUUCUCCAGAGACCAGAUCCUCCCACUCAGCUGUCAUUGCUCAGCCAGUCCAUGAUGGACCAGCAGGCCUUAAAUGAACUACAUGCUUCAGAAGAACACGACAGAGAUGAAGAUGCGAAUCCUUCAGAUUAUUAUCUCAUCAAAAGGACCAAUGUACGAAAAAAGAAGACACAGUCUCGUAGAGUCCAGGGACACAGAGAUGAUAUUCCUUCAACCCCCUGCACAUCGGGCCGAGCACCAGCCCAAACAGCUCUCAAUGCCACACUGGCUGUUCAGCGUGUUCGGACCAGCCAUAAGCAGUCAGAGGAAAUCGAGGAAGAACAGUCUGUCCUGGUUACUCAUGUCCUGAACCCUGACUUGCCUUCCCACCAGCCAGGAAGGACCAGUAAUGGAGCCAGCAAGAUUAGGAAGUGUAUUUCUCAGAGUUCAGAGCUGAGUGGCUCCUCUGUUGCAUCUCUCAGUGGGGACCAGUCUAGUCUGGGUCUGCUGCAGGCCAUGUUGUGUCAGGUGGAGGCAGAUGUGGACUCUCUGAGUCCUGACACGGCACCAGGGUCCGCGCAGAGUCCAAAACAGCACAGAACACAAAGCCUCACUGGAUUCUCUGUUGCAUUGAUCAACACACUGGGACGAUUAGUGCAUCACCACAAACAGACUGAUGAGAAAGUGCAGAAAGAAGCUCAGGAGAGGAGAAAACUGGAGGAGGAGCUGAGAGAGCAGCGUGGCCUGAUCGAUGCUCUCACUGCAGAGACUAUGACUCUGAGAGAAGAGGCUGGCGUCCUGCAGGCAGGUUUGCAGCAGCGGAUCACAGAGCUGGAGGACAAGUUGGACGCUGUGAUGUUGUUGAUUGGGGGACUUGGUUUACUGGAGGCGCAGACGAACAUACCCCAGAACUCUGAUGUCAAAGCUACAGUUAGUCAGUCUGCACCUGUUCCUGAGCGAAUACAAGCCCCAGUUCCUUCUGCCGUCCUGCUCUCCCCUCCUCGACAGACGGAUAACUGGCAACACGUUCCUGGUAACGUGACUCAUCCCACGUCACAAUACCAUCAGCUUCCUCCUGUGGAUAACCUCUACUCUUGUGAGGACGUCCACGCCCAGAGCUCUAGCUCUAGCCUCGCGAGCCUCCCUCUCGUCAGCCUUCCCUCAACCUCCUCACUCUCUCUGACUUCUUCUGACCCUCUGGCCAUCCUGGCUGAGAUCGCUCAGCUGAGCAGACAGAAUGACCUGAUCAGGGCUCAGCUGAGCCAGGCUAAGACUCUCCGCUCAGGUGUCGGAGGAUCGCCUGACAGUAGCGUCAGCGAGCGGAGAAGACUGAGCUCUGGUAGCUCCGGAAAAAUGACACCUCCAAUUGUUGGGGAGAGGAGGACGUCAGGGUCCGGCAGCACACGGAGACAGAACCAGAACGUCCUGGUUACAGAUGGACACACAGUGGCUCAUCAGACAACAUCUCCCAACACCUCUAGCGCAAACAGUGUGGAACAGCGUCUCCUAGAGCUGAACAGGCAGAGUGCAGCAGCCAGGAGUCGGCUACUGGAGCUCAUUGAGCAACAGAAACACAGUGUUUCGUCCAAAGUGUCUCCCUCUGUCUCUCCCAUCCCUCCGUCUGCCUUCAGUCCACAUAGAGCAGAAAGUCCAGAAGUGUCGCUGCUGCUGCUGCCUGCACAGGAGCCUCAGUCACAGGCUGUUGGUGGUGAGAGACGAUAUGCUAGUCCAGAGGGAGAAGCGAGGGAAAGUAAAACACAGAGAGAGCGACAAGGGUGCUUUGCCUUAUCUGCUCACAUGAGAUGACAAACUUGAUUUCUAUCAAAUCCUGUCUUAAAGUAUUUAAUAACAUUAAUAUGUAUUUUAAUAACAAAAUGGCUUGAUUUUAAUGGAUUUUUUUUUAAUCGGACCUAAUAAAAGCACUGUUUAUGUACAAACGUC